AUGCCAUCGUGUGAGGACGAAGUGCUCAGCAUAGGAAAGAAACUUGACAAGAUCAUUGACGGUUCGAAAUCGGCAAAAAACGCUGCUGACCUACUUGAAGUUCUAUCUAAAUUGCCUAUAACUAUUGACAUUUUAACGAAAACGCGUAUUGGCAUGACCAUCAAUGACUUGAGGAAGAAAACUUCUGAUGAGAAGCUCGCAAAGAAAGCGAAAGGUUUGAUCAAGGAGUGGAAAAACUUGGUGGAUAAGAGAGAAGACAAAAAAGACAAGGUGCGAGUUCUUUUCUUUUUCAAAGUACAAUUUCAAAAGCGAAGCUUAUUUGUAGCCGAGAAGUAUAGGUUUUGCGCUAUGUCUGCGUUGCUUCUAAACUUCGAUAGAUACAAUCACCUUGUGUUUGAAGAUGAUGAGUAUUCAUUUGUUGCGGGUUUUGUGAAUUGCCAUAUAUUGUACCCUGUCGUACAUGAUACUUUAAGAACUUGA